CGCGGUAUGACAGUGACGAGCUCCAUCUCGCACAAGAACGCUAUCUCGGGGGGCGUCAGCCCCGGCGGAAGAGGUAAUGCCAUGUUGCAACGCGUAAUAUCGGGGACUUCAAGUUGUUUGUCCAAGUUUUGAGAUGCACGACGCGCCCGGACCGCGACUAUUGCUUGGGCAGUCAACCAAAGAAGACUGAUGCCUCUACUACUCGAGGCGUGGGCUUUGCCCAGCGCCAUUGUAUUCAUUGUGUACAUCACCACUAUAUGGUAUGGAGAAGUGCUACAUGAAGUUCCAAACCCUUACCUGGAUGAGUACUUCCAUGUUCCCCAAGCCCAGAAGUACUGCAAAGGCGACUACUCAUGGGAUCCGAAGAUCACCACUCCACCUGGCCUCUACUUGGUCUCCAAAUUAUCGAAACCAUUAUUGGGCUGCGAAACAUCCUCCUUGCGCAUUUUGAACGCCGAAGCUCUUUGUAUCAUCAUGAUUAUGAGCUAUGGUAUUCUGCGUCUACUUCGAAAGCGUCAGAACCCAGGCAAGAGCUUGCAGGAGGACGAAAACAUUGCAGAGCGCGACUCUGCUGUGAGAGACCCUACCUUCGUGGUUGACGUUCACUCCGCUCUUAACAUUGCACUCUUCCCCCCUCUCUUCUUCUUCUCUGCGUUGUACUACACAGAUGUGAUGUCAACUCUGGCGGUACUAUUCGCAUAUAGUGCAUAUCUGACGAGUUCGAUGUCAAAGCGAACUGUCGUGGGAAUGAUCAGUGCAGUAGCACUGGGAGUUUUUGCACUUCUGUUUCGACAAACCAACAUCUUUUGGGUGGCUGUGUUCCCCGCUGGGCUUGCGGUCAUCGACACACUGAAGAAAGACGCGCCGGCAACUAUCUCAACAAGUUCAGACCUUAGGUCAGCUGUACAGACCAGUUGGAACGAUGGUGCAAUCUAUGACAGUCAUGUUCAAGACGCGGGUCUCCAUGAUGUUGUCAUGUUUCUGCUGUCUGUGGUGGUUGCAGCCAUACGGAAACCUUUGGUCGUACUCAAGAUCACCUUACCAUAUAUCACCCUUCUAUUUCUGUUCACUGGAUUUGUAAUCUGGAACGGCAGUGUUGUCCUUGGGGACAAAUCAGCCCACACGGCUACUAUUCAUCUUCCUCAGAUGCUCUACAUCUGGCCUUACAUUACGUUCUUCUCGGCACCACUAUUAAUUGGACCCCUGCUCAGACCUGCUGUCACUUUCUUACCGAGACGUCUCCGGAUAUUGUGCCAUGAAUAUCUCAACAUCUCUUACUACGGAAUCCCGACAACUGCAACGACUGCGUUCUUCAUAGCCGGCAGCUUCCUUGCAGUCCAUUUCAAUACCAUCAUUCACCCGUAUACCUUGGCCGACAACCGACACUUUGUUUUCUACGUCUUCAAGGUGCUUCGACUAUACCCCACGUUGAAGUACCUUGCAGUCCCAGUAUACUAUCCGGUCUCACCUGAGAAGGAGCAAACACCAAUGGAGAAAAGUAAAGCCAGUCUUACAAAAGACAACGCUGAUCGCCCUACUUGUCAGAUAAGCUUCGUCAUUGUGUGGCUAGUGACCACUGCGCUCUCACUCAUUACUGCUCCACUAGUAGAGCCUCGUUAUUUCAUCAUUCCAUGGAUAAUCUGGCGGCUGCAUGUACCCUGCAACCAAGCUGCAAUGUCGAACAGCAGAGGGUUUGACGUACGUAUGGUCUUGGAGACUGUUUGGCUGCUCGCUAUUAAUGCGGCUGUCUCGAAUACUUUCUUGUAUCGUACAUUCACGUGGUCCAGUGAGCCUGGUAACUUGCAGAGGUUCAUUUGGUAG